CAGAUACGCAAACGAGCUGCAAUUGUUUUCCCCUUGGUGUUUCCCUUCGCACUCGUCGAACGCAUUCGAUUUUCCUAGUGUAAAAUAAGAUACCACAAAUACGCACGGUAAAGUGAGAUCAGAUCUGCGUUUUUGUUUAUCGCGUGCGAAACGACCCUUCAUCUGACGUUUGUAGCGGCCGAGACGAGCUUCAUAUUGCCGCUCCGAGUUGGCGAUGUUGUUUCCUGCAUAAAGCCACCUCCGAUGGAAAGCAGAAAAGUUAAAGUGAAACAUGUAAAUCCACAUGAAAAAGUCAACCCCCUAUAAAGGAACCUAGUGAUAAACAAACGGUCCCGUGUGCUGAUGGUUGGGUAAAGAGUGUUGCUGAUGUUUCCUGCAGCCUCCUCUACUACAUCAUGUCGUAGAAGCCCACGGCAACGCAAAGGUACGCCAGCAGCAUAUGCAGGUGUUCCAGAACCGGCCGAUACCAAAGUCCCCAUUUACGUGGGCACUUCGCUUCGAGAGGAUUCCCGGCACGGGGAAGAAAUUAGUGAUAAGCGCGAGAUACGUGCGGGAGAAAGGGCGCGCGUGCGAAAGUGUAUGCCUGUUGAGCUGCAUUGUGAUAAUGAUACCAUCCCGUUUGUGUCUCGGAGGCAAGAAAAACGACGUCCAAAAUACGCGAGUCCUAUAUCAGCCUCUACCGUCUUCUCCGGGCAUAACAAACCGAUUGACUGAAGUAAAUGUCAAAGGUUCGUUAACAUCCGUGUGAGUGUAGUUUUGUUUUGUUCGGUACGUGUAUGUGUUUGUGUGCGUGUGUGCGGUCCAUGAAACUAUCCUUUUUUCCCCGGGAAUCGUCCUGCCGAAUAUCUGAUAUGAUUUAAUGACUUUAAAAAGUCUAUUCUUCGAUAGUCUUCGAAGUAAACGAACGUGAAGACAUUCCAAACAACAGGAGAUUUUUUCCGACCGCGUUAGUGGAAGUUGUAGAAAAGAGGAGCGGGAAAAAGGACGAACCCGGGCCGUGAUAAAGGUAGCUCCAGGCAAGCUUGAACCGACUACGGUAGAACGACGGAACGCACGGAGCAGAAUGCCCCAUCAGUACGGCAUUCCCGGGUACGGGCAGGCCCCACCGAGCCCCCCGACCCACCACGGAGGUAGCGGGGCGCUGCUACCACGGGUUGGCGCCGGAGGAGCCGUCAUUCCGGUGGCCGCCAACAACGGUGCCGGAGGGAUGGGCCCCACCAGCUCCCCGCUCUUCCGUGGUCUCAUCGAAGAGCGCCGGCUAACGCGAGAAGCGAUGGAAAAGUAUCUCCGCGAUCGCAACAACAUGGUCAUUGUUAUACUGCAUGCGAAGGUGGCUCAAAAGUCGUACGGCAAUGAGAAACGGUUCUUCUGUCCACCGCCCUGCAUCUACCUGUUCGGUGAGGGCUGGCGGUUGCGGCGGGAACAGAUGCUCCGGCGGGGCGAAAGCGAACAGUCCACCCAACUCUGUGCCUUCAUCGGGAUCGGCAGCCCGGAGCAGGAGAUGCAGCCGCUCGAUCUAAACAACCAGAAGCAGUACUGCGCGGCCAAAACGCUGUUCAUCUCCGACUCGGACAAGCGCAAGCACUUCAUGCUGUCGGUGAAGAUGUUCUAUGGUAGCGGGCACGACAUUGGCGUGUUCCAGUCGAAGCGCAUCAAGGUGAUAUCGAAGCCGUCGAAGAAGAAGCAGUCGCUGAAGAACGCCGACCUGUGCAUCGCCAGCGGCACCAAGGUGGCGCUGUUCAAUCGGUUGCGCUCGCAAACCGUCUCGACGCGGUACCUGCACGUGGAGGAUGGCCACUUCCACGCGAGCUCCACGCAGUGGGGUGCCUUUACGAUCCACUUGCUGGACGAUAAUGAGAGCGAAUCGGAGGAGUUUCAGGUCCGUGACGGAUACGUCCACUACGGGGCCACGGUGAAGCUCGUCUGCUCGGUGACCGGCAUGGCCCUCCCCCGAUUGGUGAUACGCAAGGUGGACAAACAGAUGGCGCUGCUAGAGGCAGACGACCCAGUGUCACAACUGCACAAGUGCGCUUUCCACAUGAAGGACACGGAGCGGAUGUACUUGUGCCUGUCGCAGGAAAAGAUCAUCCAGUUCCAAGCGUCACCGUGCCCGAAGGAACCGAACAAGGAGAUGAUCAACGACGGAGCCUGCUGGACGAUCAUUUCCACCGACAAGGCGGAGUACCAGUUCUACGAGGGAAUGGGCCCGGUGCGGACCCCCGUAACGCCCGUGCCGAUCGUCAACUCGCUCCACCUGAAUGGUGGCGCCGACGUGGCAAUGCUCGAGAUUACCGGGGACAAUUUUACGCCAUCGCUGCAGGCCUGGUUCGGCGAUGUCGAGGCGGAAACGAUGUACCGUUGCGCCGAGUCGUUGCUCUGCGUCGUGCCGGACAUUUCGCAGUUUCGCGGCGAAUGGUCAUGGGUUCGCCAGCCCACGCAAGUGCCUAUCUCGCUGGUGCGUAACGACGGCAUCAUCUACGCGACCGGUCUUACCUUCACCUACACGCCCGAGCCGGGCCCGAGGCCUGCCUGUCCGGCGGCCGAAGAUGUCCUCCGCCGGGGGUCCACAGGUAGUGGCGGCGGUGCGCUGAACGUCAGCACCAACAGCAACAGCAGCAGCAACAACAGCAGCAGUGGGGUGGUCAACGCACAGAGCGGUGUCCCGACGCCCGGUUCGCUGCCCUCGAUUGCGGAUGUAAGCUGGAGUUCCCACGGUGGCGGUGGCGGCCUACCGUAACCAUCGUGGACCGGAAGUGGGGGAGGCCGCCACCGUUCCCCGGCCGCCCCAAAUGGUUCCGCAAGGGAAGUGUAAAAAUGAAGAAGAAUAUGAACGAACACUACGAUGGAAAAAAAAGCAUCAAACCUCAGGCCUCACGUAGAGUUAAAACAGAGCAAAGAAGGUAGCGCAUGGGAGGGUGGAAAAGUUAUAACGACUUGGAUUGGACGGUCUCUCAGUGGAGAAGUAAAGGACUACAAUGCGUAAAAGGUGUGCGAACACGCGCGGUUGAUAGAAUUAGCGGAUGUAGGAAUAGUGAAGGUGUAUUUAUUUGACCAGAAACGAACGCAAAACGACCGCACACUCACUGCACAGGUUGACAGCAUGCUAAGACGGUGGCAGCAACGAUCCCAUUUUCUUCACCUUACAUUAAGGUUAAGAAGUUCCGUGUUAUAAAACACAUUACACACAAAACACAAAAUCACAGCAAAGAAAAUCGAAAAAAGGGAGCGUUAGUGUAAUAGACGCAGAGAAAACUCUUAAGAGGAGACUAGUUUUGGAUGUUCAAACCGAGCCUCGAUGUUCGAACGAUGUCACAGGUAGCUAUGAUUCCAAUUCGUUGGAAGAUUUUGUAAUAAUUUUUUUCCAAAUCCACUAGUGGGUUAAGGUAAUAAUUUUGUAGUGGCAGGAUUUAUACUGUAUCUUUCUUUUACUACCAACAAAUUCUGUUAUAAAAGUGCUUUAAAAAGAUGUCUCAAGAACAAUUUGAUUUAGAAACUUUGUAAUGUGCGCGUACUGCAUCUGGCUGAACGUGAUAUUGUUCAACCGAAACAACAAAUCUCCAUUACGUUAGCAUUUGGAUGGUUUUCUCCCGGUUUAAUCUCGUCCGAUUUCUUCUCAUUUUUACUUCGAUGUACAGAAGACGAAGAAUCUAAGAAUCGAUCUUUUACCAUAAUACGGAUGGGACGGAAACAUCUUGCCAAAGAACAACCUACUACCAGACUAAACGGUGCGCAAGAUCUACUCAAUUGCUUAAUCGUGUGCAGCGUGAUUUAUACAUCAUGGACGUAGAUAAGAAAAUCAAAUCGGUCGAAUCGGAGUCUGGGAAAAAUUGUCGUCUUUUCUUCAUUCUCGUUUCAGAGCAGUUGUUUGCACGCGAAACGAAUCUUCGUGCUAAUGUGAUUUUCUUUCCACACCACACAGCACGCUGACACAAUAGCGAUGUGGAAAACCCGUGUGAUCGGAGCCCCAUCAUCAUCAUCAUCCUCAUCGUCGUCAUCACACGGUGCGCUUGAUAUUCGCCACUAUCAAUUGUGGCUGCCUGUGGAACCAUUUUUUAAUGAGGGAAACUUUAACCGACCUGCCCCACAAUCUGCGCUCGAAUUGUGUUUUUGCUUAGUGAACUCGUUUCUACUGCCUAUAGUCAGAUGUAGAUCUCCGUUUUCCAAUCACGGCUGCCACCUGCCAAGUGUCUGCGGUGUCGGUGGCUAAUUUGCUUGUUUCCCACAUUUAUUACAACACGCUGACGGGAAGGGAUGUAUAAUUACGACGCGCAACGGGUAGUGUGUGUGCAUACAAUUGCAUUACCAUCUCCCAGUUUGACGAGGAGGUUCCAGAUGCAAUAAAUAUGUUUUUGCGCAUCGUAAGGGAUGUAUUCAAUUCAAAUGAGUCUCAACUAGAGGACGGGAAGAUACAGAUAGCAACAACGUGGAUCGUUGGAGACGCAGAAGAAGAAGUGUAUGAUGGGGAUCAGUUGAUUUGCUUGCAUGGGGAGAAAACAUGAUUUUUUGAACGAUUCCAAAAGCCACAGUACAGGACGGGUUGUAAGCUUUAUACAUUUAUAUGUCUAGCAUCGAUUUACUGUAGAAAGCAGAUUCGUUUUUUACCAUUCCAUCCCAAAAAGAGCUAGGAAUAGGAUAUAGUUUUGUAAAUAUACAUAUAAAGCGUAUACACAUUCAAUCAUUUGUACUCAGUUAGCAAAAAGUAAUUCCCCAUCGGAGUGCAUUCUGCUGUAUAAGUAAUUUAGGUGCAACUGUGCAGUAUUAAGGGCACUGAUUAGCAUUUAAUUUUCUUCUCUCGAUAGAACGUUCCGGUACAGUGGAUCCUUUUUUUUAUAAUGAACAUUUAUUCUUUUCCUUUAGAU